GUAUAAUAUAUAAAAAAUCAAACGCAGAGACAAAUUAUUUACACCAAAAACAUUUUUAUUUUUCAUGUCUUAAAUUUGUUCAGUAAAAUUGUUGUGUUAGUUACUCAGUUUUUGCUAUUUUCAGAAUCUGUCACUGAGUUUUUCUAUUUUAGAGUUGCGAAUUUGUUCCUCACUCGAUUUCUAUUUCCGACAAAAUAAUCAGUUUUUCCAGUUUAAUUGGUUACGAAGAAAGUUGAAAAAAAAAAAGUUUCCGUUUUGUCCUUUUUCCGAUUAAAGGCUACGAAACUUCAUCUUCAUCAUCAUCUAUAUAAAGCUCUGCAACAAUGUCAGACAAAUGUAUCUCUUCCUUCACCAUCAUGCCCCCUCAAUUGUUGGAACUAAACAGAAACUUCAUGGAUCUUGUCCGAAAGGUUCGAACUUUGUCGGAGUGACAAGAAGAUGUUGCAGAGAGCAGCGAGCAACGCGUACUCCUGGUGGUGGGCGAGUCAUAUCCGAACCAAACAGUCGAAAUGGCUCCCCGCAAACCUCCAAGGUUUUCGUCGAAUCCUCUGGGUUUUUUUUUUGGUCCGGAUCUUUGGAUGUGUUUUUUUAAGCUAAACUUGUGCAGAUAUGGAGGAGAGGGUCGGAGAUACGCUGAAGAUCAUAAACGAGGAUGGAGAUACGUUUUCACAGAGAGCCGAGAUAUAUUUCAGGAAGAGACCUGAGCUCGUAGGUUUCGUCGAGGAGGCUUUCAGGUCAUACCGAGCGUUGGCCGAAAGAUACGAUCAUCUGUCCAAAGAUUUUCAGAGGGCGAACCGAACAAUCGCCAGUGCGUUUCCCGACCAAAUCCCGAUAUCUUUGGACGAUGAAGAGGAUGAUGACAGUGAACAUAAUUAUGAUGAUAAUGAAGAGGCUAAAGCAUGCAUUCCAAGUGUGCCUGACAUGCCCAAGAGAGAUUUUAGGAAUCCUUCGAUGUUCUCGAGAAAAGGAACAAUGAGGCGAAACCCGAGCACCGUGAAAAAGGCGGUGUCGCGGGAGAGUUCGGGAAUGAGUAGGAGCAAGGCUCUAGAGGAGAUCGAUAGGCUUCAAAAGGGUAUACUGAAGCUGCAGACCGAGAAAGAGUUUGUGAAGAGCUCGUAUGUUGAGAGGUACGAGAAGUAUUGCAAGAUCGAGGACGAGAUCGAUGAGAUGCAGAAGCAAGUCUGCGAUCUUCAGGAUGAGUUCAGCACCGAAAUCGUGAUUGAUGAUACCGAUGCAAGGGCAUUGAUGGCAGGGACGGCGAUAAAGUCCUGCAAAGACUCGCUGGCUAAGCUCGGGGAAAAGCAAAAACAAUCGGAAGAAGUCGUUAAGUUUGCAAAAGGGCGAGUGAGAGAAGCUCUAGAGAAAUUCGAAGCCCUAAAGAAAGAGUUUCUCCCUGACGAAACCAAUCGCACAAAAGCUCAAGAAGAGGAAUAUAAAUCUGGAUCUGAAACUAGAUACGAAACCGCAAAAUCUAGCCAUGAAUCUAGUCUCGAAUCUUCACUCAAAAACGUCAAGAAAGAUCUCGACGUAGACUUGAAUGUUACGCGAUUUGCGGAGAAGAUUGAUGAACUCGUGGGGAAUGUUGUGUCUCUAGAAACCGUGGCCUCUUCACAGACCACAUUGGUAGAUAGCCUAAGGUCGGAAACAGAGGAACUACACGUGCGUAUCAGGAGCUUGGAAGACGAAAAAGAAACUCUCGUCUCGGGUUCUCAAGAUAUGAAUAAGCGGGUAGGAGCACUCGAAGAGGAGUUAUGCAGGAUCAAGAGUCUCUGCCUGAGAUUCGAAGAAGAAAAUGACAACUUACGAACAAACUUCCUAAUGUUAAGUAGCAAUGCAGAUCACUUGUCCGGAAAUCUGCUCAACAUGAGGAUGGACGACGAUGAUACGCAAGCAACUGACUCGGAGACGUUUUCGGACGAGAGAACCGAGGAACUGAACUCGGAAGUCGAAGCUACGAGAGAAAUGACGACCGAGGAAGAGAAAACAUUAGAACAAGCACAAGGAGAGAAACCUAAGAUUGUCAUGGAGACUGAAAAAAUUACAGAACAGACGUGCGAGGAGAAAUCCGAAAGCAAAGAUUCGUCUGAAGCAAUAAGCAUUAGCAUGGACACUGAGUCGGAUGAAUCGGGUUCGGAAGAAGAUGAAGAUCAACCUAGAUCAGAUCAGGUCUCGACAGAUCGGUCAGGGGAUAGAGAGAAAGUUCGGCAGGAUGAGUACUCUGCGUUCGCGAAGAACUACGAGGAAGUAAAGAGGAAGCUCAAUGAUGUGGAGAAGAAAAACAGGGAUGGAUUCUUUGAGUUAGCUUUGCAGGUAAGAGAGCUGAAGAAUGCUGUCAACUACAGGGAUGUCGAGAUCGAGAGCCUACGGGAAAAACUAGAAAAGGGUCCCGAGUUAACAGAGAGAAACCAGUCAGAAAUCCGAUACCUGAACCCUCAAGGACGGCAGCGAGAAAGCGAUAGCCAGUUGAUGUGUUUACCAGUUUCUAGUUUCCAGUCCCAAGGUCUGCUCCCUGAGCAUGACGACCCGAAAAAGCACACUGCAAAACCAAAAGGAGAUGAAGUAAAACUGAAAAGAGUCACCGAGACUCAAAAUCUAAAUUCACCUGUGGAGAAAAAGAUACGACAACACAUCGAUGGGCUUCUAGAAGAAAACCUCGAGUUCUGGUUGACAUUCGCCGCAUCAGUCCAUCAAGUACAGAAGUUCCAGACAUCAGUGCAAGACCUGGAACUGGAAUUACGAAAAACGAAAGAACAGAGGAAGCAACGAGGCGAUGAAAAGACACAGUCAUCGAAUCCAUCAGACGUAAGGCCGAUAUAUAGACAUCUCAGUGAGAUAAAAACCGAGAUGCAACUAUGGUUGGAGAACAAUGAAGUCCUCAAGGACGAAGUCCAGACCCGUUACUCAUCAUUAUGCGGAAUCCAGGACGAGAUUUCGAAGCUCACUUGCCGUAACAGUAAAGGACGGAGCACGAAGCUGAAUGAGUGCCAGGCAGCCAAGUUCCAUGGCGAGGUUCUGAACAUGAAACAAGAAAGUAAUAGGGUUUCGAAUGAGUUACAGAGAAGUCUUGAUCACGUUAGGAUGUUAAUGAUAGCGGUUGAGAAAACACUAACCGCGCUUCAAGAGGAUCUCCGGACCUCGCCAGUUAAGAGCACAGAGCCGCAAUCACAACCGAUGAGAGGCUCAACGAGCAGGCCGAAGAUUCCCUUGAAGUCGUUCUUGUUUGGAGUCAAGCUGAAGAAGCAUAAACAUCAAAACACGACAUUGUUAUCAUGCGUAAAUCCAUCGCUCCACAAACAAUGUAGCUACAUUGUACCGAUUGAGAGACCUCAACUCCCGGAAUAGCUGGUAAUUCUCUCCAUCCUUCCACCUAGAAGGAUGCGUGGAAAGAGUUGUCUACACUUUUUUCUUCUCAUGUUUUUCCCUCCUGAAUAUGUAUCAAAGUAAUCAGAAAAACGGUUCAUAGUAAAAGGAAUGGCGGCUCCAAUGAAGCUGCCUGUAGGAUCCAUGUAAUAUUGAACCUGCAUGAGGUAUAGAGACAACACAAUAAACCACAAGGUUUCACCAUUUCAAAGGUUGCCCCAUCAACAUUGUAAAACAGGAUACUACAAUUCAUGUUUUGUUCUACAAAGCGUCAUUCUCCAGCUUCAUUUUGCAGCUGCCGUUUAUACUUUCGUUCAUACAAGACCACUGUGAUCAAUGAUUGAUUGAUUUCAUGUCUGACUACAAGCAAGAAUUGGAGGGAA